GAGUGCGGUCUCAUUUGCACUGCAACCUGCGAGCGUACGUGAGACCAAUACUUCAGUGACGACGACAACGUGUUUUCUGCGCUCUCAUUGGCUAGGACGAAUUGAUUGCCACCAUUCCACACUUUUCCACCAACAAUGCUGCGCCUGCUUCGACCACGACUGGCAGCGUCCGCUCUGCGAUCCAGCGCGUCCUCGCAGCUCCUUCUAUCUAUUCCCGAUGGAUCUCGAUCGCUGCGCACUGCGCGUGGUGGCACUCGGCGACAUAAAGAUCACAUGGCACGCAUCGCCAAGCUCGAGGCCAUGACACAGGAACGCGAGCGUGCUCGACAGGAACAGCGCCGGCGUGUGUUGGAAGCGCGUAACCAGCCACCGGUCAUACCGGCCUUCAUCCGCGUUCGCGAUUUGGCCAAGGCGCUGCGUCAGCCUCUGGACAAGGUGCUCAAGCACACGGUGAUCAAAGCCAACCGCCGUUUUAACUUAAAAACCAAGAACCAUCCGCCCGCCGAGUUCCGCAGCGUCAAGCACAUCGUACUACCCUUCCGCGUGGCACAUGAAGUGGCCGAGAGCUUCGGUAUCCAGGUAGCGUACGACGACGUGGAGCCGGAACUAUUGAAUGCCGUGAGCUGCGACGAGGAAUUCUUGGGCCGCCGACAGCCCGUCAUUGCUGUUAUGGGCCAUGUCGACCACGGCAAGACUACGCUGAUGGACACACUUAGGAAGCAGAUGAAAGCUGGACUGAGGCAGAUUGCGCCCUAUGAGAAGCACGGUAUUACUCAGAAGAUUAAUGUGUGUGAGGCGGCAUUGACGCCUGAUGUUAAGGCCACGUUCCUGGACACGCCUGGACAUUUCCACUUCUUUCGGAUGAGAUCUAGUGCAGCCCAAGUUGCGGAUGCAGUGCUGCUGAUUGUCGCCGCAGAUGAAGGCGUGCUACUGCAGACAGAGGAGUCUAUUGGUGCCAUUGAGGAGGCCGGACUACCGGCGGUGAUCUGCAUCAACAAGGUGGACUUACUCGGAGAAGACGGCGACGAACAAGUUGACAAGAUUGUGGAUGAGCUGCGCUCGUUUGUCGCACUACAAGAUAGUCCUGUGUUGACGAUCUCGGGUAAGACAGGAGCUGGACUUGAUGACUUGAAGCACACGGUGUGGGAGCUGGUGACAGGGCUGGCAGACAACAACAGGCUGGAUGCGCUUGUCGGAAGUGAGACACACGCUGAGGGACUCGUGCUUGAAAGUGUGGCGUUGAAGGGACGUGGAACGGUUUUGCGUGUGUUGAUCAAGAAUGGCGAGUUGGCAGCCAAGCAGCACUUCGUGGCUGGUAUGAUCCAUGGCGUGGUGCGUAAUAUACGCGACGCUGAAGGGCGUGAUGUCAAGCGGGCGUUGCCUGGAACGGUUGUCGACAUCACUUACUCGAAUAAGUCGAAGAACGUGGACGCGCCGAAUGAGCACGGAUUCUUCGUACUGCCUGAAGCUCGAGCGAAGCAGGUGAUCGAGCAGAGGGAACUUGCCAUGGAGUUCAAUGAUUGUCUCCUACCUGAUGAAGGUGGCGAACACGCGAGGCCUGAUGCUGAGUACACGUCCACCGAGACUGAUGGGGAUGACGAAGGCGUGUCUGAUGCUGAAACAUUAAACGACGAAGCUGAGGAAGAGGACGAUGAUGUGAUUGAUGAAAAUGAUCUUAUCGAAACAAAGUCCAUCAUUGUGAAGGCUGAUGGCGCGGGUUCGCUCACGAGCAUUCAGGACACAGUGGACGAGAUGGCUGGCAUUUCGACUGUACGACUGGGCAUUGGCAACAUCUCAACGAAGGACAUCGACGUUGCCAUCAACGGCAAGUGCCCAAUCUUUGGCUUCAACGUGAAGCUGCGCAAUCGCGAGGCAAAGCUGGCAACAGAAAGAGGUGUCCGUGUCAUUUUGCGUUCCACCGUGCAUGAGCUGAUUGAGGAGAUCACUGCUUUUGAGCAGACUGAUUCCGAAGACGACGAUGCAACCAGUGGCUAAGAACGCUACAGUUACCAUUGUAAGUAUCUUCUACAUGUAGACGCACCUAGAGACUGGUUUUACAGUAUCAGCACGUUAUUAAUCUUCCAUACCAAUCUUACAUUGGGGGUGACGAGGACGGAAGGAAGGAGCAGUGUUCACUUCGGCAGAUAGGUUCUACAUGUAGACCCGUAGCCUGACCUGGAUGGUAAAUAAAAGGGCAAAGAUCGAAACAUCAACAAAGCUCAAAAUCUGCAACGAGC